CGCAGGGCGGGGACGGGGGCGGGGCGGGGCCGAGGCGGAAGCGCCCGCGGAGGGCAUCGCUGUCCGCUGUCGGGACCCGCCCCUCCUCGGCCCGGUACUGGCCUCGUCCAGCCGCGCCGGACCCGGGGGUCAGUGUCAUGUGACUUCUGUCCCUGACCACGAGCCUGAGCCGCAACCUUUAGGUGAAGAGGGUCAGAUCGCCCGAGAAUCAGGGUCUCUUGUGACAGUCCCGUCCUUGCUGUGUGCCAUGGUGGCGCUGUGGGCUCUCGCUCUGGCCUUGGCCAUAGGCCUGGCCACUGCUGGCCCACCUAACAUCAUGCUGAUCUUUGCUGAUGACCUGGGCUAUGGUGACCUGGGCUCCUAUGGGCACCCCAGCUCCACGACCCCCAACCUGGACCAGCUGGCCGCAGGCGGGCUUCGCUUCACCGAUUUCUAUGUGCCCAUGUCUCUGUGCACACCCUCCCGGGCUGCACUCCUGACCGGCCGACUCCCAAUUCGGAUGGGCCUGUACCCUGGAGUUCUGGAGCCCAGCUCCCGAGGGGGCCUGCCUCUGGAGGAGGUGACCCUGGCUGAGGUCCUGGCUGCCCGAGGCUACCUCACAGGGAUAGCUGGCAAGUGGCACCUUGGGGUGGGGCCUGAGGGGGCCUUUCUGCCCCCCCACCAGGGCUUCCAUCGAUUCCUGGGCAUCCCGUACUCCCAUGACCAGGGCCCUUGCCAGAACCUGACCUGCUUUCCGCCGUCCACCCCCUGUGAUGGCAGCUGUGACCAGGGCCUGGUCCCUAUCCCGCUGUGGCCAACUGUCCGGACGCACAGCCCCUGGCUACCUGGACUGGAGGCCCGCUACGUGGCUUUCGCCCUUGACCUCAUGGGAGCCCAGCGCCAGGGACGGCCAUUUUUCCUGUACUACGCCUCUCACCACACCCACUACCCCCUCAGCGGGCAGAGCUUCUCCGGGCGCUCAGGCCGGGACCAUUUGGGGACUCCACUGAUGGAGCUGGACGCAGCUGUGGGGGCCUUGAUGACAGGUGGGGACCUGGGGCUGCUCGGAGAGACGCUGGUUAUCUUCACUGCAGACAACGGGCCUGAGACCAUGAGGAUGUCCCAUGGCGGCUGCUCUGGCCUUCUUCGUUGUGGAAAGGGAACCACCUUUGAGGGAGGUGUCCGGGAGCCUGCCUUGGCCUUCUGGCCAGGCCACAUCGCUCCUGGGGUGACCCAUGAGCUGGCCAGCUCCCUGGACCUGCUGCCCACCCUGGCUACGCUGACGGGGGCUCCACUGCCCAACGUCACGUUGGAUGGUGUUGACCUCAGCCCCCUGCUGCUGGGCACAGGCAAGAGCCCUCGGCAGUCUCUCUUCUUCUACUCGGCUUACCCAGACGAGGUCCAUGGGGUCUUUGCUGUACGGAGUGGGAAAUACAAAGCUCACUUCUUCACCCAGGGCUCCAUCCACAGCGACACCACACCGGACCCCGCCUGCCACGCCUCUAACCCGCUGACUGCCCACGAGCCCCCGCUGCUCUUUGACCUGUCUGAGGACCCUGGUGAGAACUACAACCUUCUGGGAGGCAUGGCUGAGGUUGCCCCAGAGGCAAUGCAGGCGCUGAAGCAACUCCAGCUGCUCAAGGCCCAGUUCGAUUCCUCGGUGACCUUCAGCCCCAGCCAGAUGGCCCGCGGCGAGGACCCUGCCCUGCAGAUCUGCUGUCAGCCUGGCUGCACCCCGCGGCCUUCCUGCUGCCACUGCCCAGAGCCCCAGGCCUGAGAGCGUGGGCAGGCCUGCCCAGGGCGCCUCCCCCACCCAGGAUGGUUGGCGGCAGCAGUGUGGGUGUGCGGAGGGGCUCUGUACCCAGGAACCUAAUAACACCCUCUGAUACUCA